AUGGCACUCCCCUCGGACUUUGAGUGGGGUUUUGCGACAGCUGCCUACCAAAUCGAAGGUGGCGUCAAUGAAGAUGGACGAGGCCCUUCUAUUUGGGAUACCUUCACCCACCUUGAACCAUCCCGUACGAACGGCGCCAACGGUGAUGUCGCCUGCGACCACUACCACCGAUACGAGGAGGACCUUGAUCUUCUCGCCAAGUACGGCGCGAAAGCGUACCGAUUUUCGUUGUCAUGGUCGCGUAUCAUCCCCCUCGGCGGACGAAAUGACCCUGUGAACGAGCCAGGUGUCGCCUUUUACAACAAGCUCAUCGACGGACUACUUGCUAGGAAUAUUAUGCCCUGGAUCACUUUGUAUCACUGGGACCUGCCACAGGCGCUGCAUGACCGGUACAGCGGUUGGCUGAACGUUGAGGAGUCGCAGAAGGACUUUGAGCGGUACGCAAGGGUGUGUUAUGAGCGGUUCGGGGACCGGGUGAAGAAUUGGAUCACGCUGAAUGAGCCGUGGGUCACUUCUAUCCAUGGAUACUCCAAGGGCGUUGAUGCCCCCGGUCGAAGCAGCACCAACAAAGACUGUGCUGAGGGUGACUCGACAACUGAGCCUUGGAUUGUUGGCAAAUCCCUGAUCUUGUCGCAUGCGAAAGCGGCAAGACUGUACAACAAAGAGUUCAAACCGAGGCAAGGAGGCCGUAUUGGCGUGUCUCUAAGUGGCGACUAUUAUGAGCCGUGGGAUUCCGCAGAACCCAAGGACCACGAAGCGGCGGAGAGGAGGAUGCUAUUUUCUACUGGCUGGUUCGCCAACCCCAUGUUCCUUGCGCAGGAUUAUCCUGCGCCUAUGCGUGCACAGCUUGGAGACCGCCUCCCCACUUUUACAGAAGCUGAGUUCGCCCUGCUACGCGGGGCGGAGCUCGACUUCUACGGUAUGAACUAUUACACUACUCAAUUCGCGCGGCAUCGCACCUCUCCAGCACCCGAUGAAGACUACAUCGGCAACGUGGAUGAGUGCCCAGAGAACAACGCCGGCAUUUCGGUUGGUGAGCCGAGCGGUAUCCGCUGGCUGCGCUCUGCUCCCCAAGGCUUCCGAAAGCACCUUGUGAGAAUCUACAAGAAGUACAGAAAGCCUGUCUAUGUCACUGAAAAUGGGUGUCCCUGCCCCGGUGAAGACAAGAUGAGCAGGGAAGAGUCUGUCAAGGACGUGUAUCGCCAGCAAUACUUUUCGGACCACUUCGAUGCCAUUAUUGGGGCAAUCCAGGACGGGGCAAAAGUACCUGGAUACUUCGCCUGGUCGUUGAUCGAUAACUUGGAAUGGUCCGAAGGGUACGGUAUGAGGUUUGGUGUGACAUUCACCGACUACAACACACUCGAGAGAACGCCCAAGCAGUCGGCAUUGAUGAUGCGAGGCAUGAUUGCAGAUAGAAUGAAUGCGAAGGCCAAUGGCGGACAUGCGUGA